AUGUCUGACGCUGACAUCGAUUUAUUUAUAUCUUUGGUUCAAGAACGCCCUUGUUUGUGGGAUUCUAGUGACGAAACUUAUAAAGACAAAUUUAUGAAACAAGAGGCAAGGAAAAGCAUUUGUGAAAUCAUUUAUGAAAAUUACAACGAAAAAGACGCUACGGAAAAAUCAAAACUUGAUAACACUUUUCCGAGUGGCUACCACACUUCUGCUCCUGGAUGUUCGUCUACUGAACUGAGGACUGCCUCAUCUUCCGAAAUACAUUACGAGCCAUCAAACCAACAACGUCAAAUAAAUUCACCAUUUACACUGCGCGAAACGACAGCUACUUCCAAUGACACACAAGACGAAGAGUUUGAUUUUUCUUGAAUUAAUCAUUGUAUUUUCCUAGGAUUCCUAGUGCAAUAAAUAUUAAUAAAAAGUAUUUGUUCUGUUAACGACGU